AUGCGAGUCUCGCCCGGCGAAACUUUGAUCCACAGCGUCAGCAGUGCCUGCAGCCACGAGCAGCAGGGGAGCAGCAAGGGGAGCGGCGGAGGGAGGAGCAAGGAGCAGCAACGGGAGCAGUAUGGGGAGAAGCAGAGGGAGCAGCAAGGGGAUCAGCAAGGGGAGCAGCAAGGGGAUCAGCAAGGGGAGCAGCAAGGGGAUCAGCAAGGGGAGCAGCAAGGGGAUCAGCAAGGGGAUCAGCAAGGGGAUCAGCAAGGCGCCAAUCCCGCCACCACGCGGUUACACAGUUCCUGCAGCUCAGCCUCCGCGUCGAAGUCCUCCUCUCCAUUCGCCCCCCACUCCUCUUCGCUCUCGCUUUCCGCCGUCUUCUUGCUUUCCGCCGUCUUCUCGCUUUCCGCCUCAUCCCGCCUUCCUUCGGCCGCACUACCCCCGACAGUAAGCUUAGGCUCGGUGCCCGCAGCAACAACUGCCAUCUCCUCCUCCUUCCCCGGCGACUCCUCCAUCUUCCGCCUCUUCCCCGCGCUGCCCUCAUCGCGCUCGUCGCGGCUCUUCUCUGCGCGGCCGUCCUUCAGCGCCGCGAGUUCCGCCUCCACGUCAUUUAAGCGCCCCUUUGUGUACUCCACCUCCGCCGCCAUGGCGCGGCGCAUGUCGGCCAUGUCGCGCUGCAUGGCAGCCAUGGCGUCGCCCUGCUCUUUCAGCUUCGCCUCCAACGCCGCCACGCGCUCCCCCACGCCGCUCGCCAUCUCCUCUUUCAGAAGCAUACCGUUUGCGCUGGAAUGCUGUCUGGCUUGA